AUGGAGAGCAUCGACAGCAAAUCUGAGAAGCCUGUGUCCAUGAUCUGGGGGUGUGAGUUGAGCAGCGAGCGGGACUCCUACACCUUCCAGGUACCGGAGGAAUGGCAGUGUGAGCAGCAGCUGGCCCUGCGGACGAUCUGCCUGGGAGAGAUGGCACGGGAUGAGUUCCACGUGGUGGAGAUCGUGCUGGCUGAGGGAGGUGCCCGCUCCCCGGUACCCUUGGCCACGCUGAAGCCUUCUGUGCUGCCCAUGGCCACCCUGAUGGGAGUGGAGCUGACACCUCCAGUCACCUUCCACCUGAGAGCCGGCUCCGGCCCCGUCUACAUCAGCGGGCAGCACGUCUCCAUGAUGUCCAACCUGUCCUGGGAUGAGGAGGAGGAAGAGGAGGAUGCUGAGGAAGAGGAACCAGCAGAGGAGUCCCCCAAGAAGCCCCCCAAGGGCCAAGAUGACAAGAAGGGCAAUGCUGCCAAGAAGAGGAGGCUGGAGAAGGAGGAUGAGCUGUGA